AUGGAAGUAGCUGCAGCCAAAAAUGGCGGAGGUGCGCCUGCGUCCCGAAGGAGUCCCACUCCCACCGUCGACGACAGUGGCGGAGAUUUUGGCUGUUUGGAUGCUUGGCUGACGAAUGCAACCUGGCUCACCGCAUGCAACAGGCAUCUCCCUGCCAGGCUCUGUGGAAACGUUGAUGGCUUUCGUUUCCAACGAGCUAGGCCGGGGCAGUGCAAACUGUGCGUCCAGGAGCACAGCAGGAAGCAAAAAUUAAUUGUCCCUAUCAGCCGAGUGGAGGUACAGAGGGAGGGGAAAAGGAGCUACAGUGUUUUGCUAGGACUAGCCACAAUGUUAACACGGCCUGUUGCUACACAAUUUUGCCAGAAGCUGUCACAGUGUUUGCCUGACAGUGCAAAAGCAGCUGGAAAUGAGGUCAUUGGAAUUGAUUUGGGAACUACUAACUCAUGUGUGUCUGUUAUGGAGGGAAAGAAUCCAAAAGUUAUCGAGAAUGCCGAAGGUGCUAGAACAACACCAUCUGCUGUUGCUUUUAAUCAGAAGGGAGAGCGCCUUGUUGGAACUCCUGCCAAGCGCCAAGCUGUAACAAAUCCCCAGAAUACUUUCUUUGGAACAAAGCGCCUGAUCGGACGCCGCUUUGAUGAUCCACAGACACAGAAAGAAACGAAGAUGGUGCCAUACAAAAUUGUCAAGGCUCCAAAUGGUGAUGCGUGGGUUGAAACAACAGAUGGCAAGCAGUACUCACCAAGCCAGCUGGCGUACUUCAAUGACGCGCAGCGUCAGGCCACAAAGGAUGCAGGUCGCAUUGCUGGCCUCGAUGUUGAAAGGAUCAUCAAUGAACCGACAGCCGCUGCUCUGUCUUAUGGAAUGAAUAACAAGGAGGGUUUGAUAGCAGUCUUAGAUCUUGGAGGAGGAACUUUUGAUAUCUCUAUUCUGGAGAUGUCAAAUGGAGUCUUUGAGGAGGUGGUCGCUGAAAUUUUUGGAAAGAGCCCAAGCAAAGGAGUCAACCCCGAUGAAGCUGUGGCCAUGGGUGCUGCCAUUCAAGGUGGAAUUCUCCGUGGAGAAGUUAAGGAGCUUCUUCUCCUUGAUGUUACUCCCCUGUCACUUGGUCUUGAGACGCUUGGUGGCUUCUUCACCAGGUUGAUCAACAGGAACACUACAAUUCCUACAAAGAAAAGCCAGGUGUUUUCAACUGCUGCUGACAAUCAAACCCAAGUAGGUAUCCGUGUGCUGCAAGGUAAGCGUGAGAUGGCUGCAGACAACAAGCUCCUGGGUGAAUUUGAUCUCGUUGGCAUUCCACCUGCUCCAAGAGGCAUGCCUCAGAUUGAGGUCACAUUUGAUAUUGACGCCAAUGGAAUCGUGACAGUCUCUGCAAAAGAUAAGGCCACAGGAAAGGAGACGAACAUCACCAUUCGAUCCUCCGGUGGGCUGUCUGAGGCCGACAUCCAGAAGAUGGUUCAGGAGGCCGAGCUGCAUGCCCAGAAGGAUCAGGAACGAAAAGCACUCAUCGACAUCAGAAACAAUGCGGACACAACUGUGAGCGACAGGAGUUGGAGACGGGAAGAACUGGGAGGUAGAAUCGGAGGAAGAAGAAGAAGGAACCAGAGGCAGCGCUGA